GUCACUACUAAACGACAACCGUUUUUUGCCUGUCAUUUAAAGGUAGGUUUGCAGUAUCCGCUCUUCUCGCUCUCCAACAACACUACCGAUGAACUCCGCGCACAGGCACAGCGCAAUCCUAACGAUCACUUCCCCUUCUUUCUCCGGCGAAUUUCGAAACCCUAAUUUCAAAACCUUAAUUCCUCAAAAUUGCGCUCGAAUUUACACUAAAUGUCGUCUAAACCCUAAACCUAGUAUUUCCAUUUAUAAAAUCCCUACAAGUUUGAAGCUGAGAACUUCCAAAAUUAGAGCUUCAGUGGACAACACGGGUGAGACUGGGAACUGGUUAAAUCGGUUUCCGACAGGCGCUUUGGCUGCCGAUAAGAUUUUUAGUCUUAUUUCGGGUGCCACAGCGAGUCCUAUUGGCCAGUUCAUAUCUUCGCCAACCACCUUUUUGCACUCUGUUGACCCCAGAAUUAAAUUGAUAUGGCUCUUGGUCUUAGUUGUUUUGCCAGCACGGUCACAUAUAGUAAUGCGUUUUGGAUUGGUAGUGUACAUUGCUCUUCUGUCAAUAUGGAUUCUCCCAAGACAAGUCUGGAUGGAUCAGUUGGGAAGAGUGUCAUUGCUUUCUGGAAUUCUAUUGAUAAUGUUGGGGCUGGGUUCAGAUAGUGCACCUCCUCUUGUCCAGCCAAGAACUCCACCACCUGCAAUGAUGGACUUACCCAAUCUUCCUAUGUCUUUGGGAGGUUAUUCGUAUUUAAUCAUGAAGCUAGGGCCAUUAAAGUUUACAAGGAAGGGUCUAUCAGUAGCAAGCACAGCUGCAUGCUUAACCUUUACUAUUUUCCAAAGUGCAAGCCUCUGCUUGGCAACCACAACUCCAGAACAAUUGGCAUUUUCAUUGCGGUGGUUUAUGCUCCCUUUGAGGUAUAUUGGUGUACCAGUGGCUGAAAUUACCCUUACCCUCUUACUGUCUUUGAGGUUCAUCAAUCUAGUGUUUGACGAGGUACGGAAUGUUGCACUAGGGAUUGUAUCUCGUAGGAUCAAUUGGGAGCAAUUGACAAUCAUGGAGACAAUUGAUAUUUUUGCUUCCUACAUACGUAGAAUCUUCAAGAAUAUUUUUAACCAUGCAGAGCAGAUAUCUCAGGCCAUGAUUGUGCGGGGUUUUAGAGGGGACAGCAACUCUCAUAAAAUCUACUUCUUAUCAGUGUCAUCAAUUGGGAUGGCAGAUUUUAUUUCUGUACUGUGCCUGAUUGGUGUUGUGGGUGGUGCUUUUCUAUCUGACCAUUUCCUUGUCUGAGUGCCAUUUCUGCAGUUAUAUGGAUUCAGCUGCUUGUUAGCGGAGAGAUUGUUACAUGACACAUGAAAAUUUUACAAUUCACUGGAGAUAAUGCAUUGCAACUAUUGUUAACAAUGGUUUAGCCCUGUGACCAAGGCAUCAAGUGUGAGUGUGCCAGGUCAUCUGCUAAAAUACUGAAGAUUUUUGAAGUAGAUAUUUUGUGCAUUUAAAGUGCUCAGGUCCACGCUUAAAUUUCUAGUGCCUCCAAGGCAAGUUUCUACCAUCGUUGUUAAGAUUUUUGUAGCAUACCCUUAUACGUGUAUAAGCAUUGUUGUAUGUGGCUGAAGGAAGUACUUUUGAAAUAAGAUCACUGCACAUUUUAGCUGUGUCACUUGUCAGGAUUCUCGUUUAAAAUAGAAAAUAAAGAAAGAAUUUACCCGUUCUGUGGAA